CUCCAGCUCUCGUCAGAGUUCCGAUACCCAUGCUCAUCGCAGUUUGAAGCCCACUGAGCGCGACCAUACAUGUAACAUUCUGUGUCAUUUUCGACCACACUAUACCUAUAUUUUGGAUAGCUUGAGCUAGGCUACCUCAAAGAUGCCGAUGCUGGAGCUCAUCAUCGAUGUUGUGAACUGGUGGAAUGGCGUCAACAAAAUAAAAGCAAAUCUUAAAAAGAGUCCAGAUGCAAUCAAGCUUGGCGUCUUGUCGGCCGCGGGAAUCAACUUCCCUGCACUUUUUGACCCGGUUCAGACCCAUCCAGGUGUCGUCAUUACCGCCAUCGCUGCCAGAUCGAAAGCGAAAGCAGAAGCGCAAGUCGCCAAAUACAAAUUAGGCGCUGUCAAAGUGUACGAUUCCUAUGAAGAGGUCCUCAAGGAUCCCGAAAUCGAUGCUGUCUAUGUCCCUCUUCCCAACGGCCUACAUCAUAAGUGGGCAUUAAACGCCUUGAGAGCGGGCAAACAUGUGCUGAUAGAGAAACCUAUUGCGUCUAAUGCCGCUGAAGCCAAAGAGAUUCAGGAUUGCGCAAACGAAACUGGCAAAAUUGCUCUGGAGGCUUACCACUGGCGGUUUCACCCUGCCGCUCAUCGGGUGAAGGAGAUUAUCGAAAGCGGGAAAUAUGGCCACCUCACAGGCGUCUUUUCAAAGAUGGUUUUACCUCCUGGAACUUUGGUCACUAAUGACAUCAGAUUAAACUAUGAGCUGGGAGGCGGAGCUUCCAUGGAUCUUUGCUAUGUCCUCUCCUCAUCUUUGUACUGGGCUUCCGCUCCCAACAAUGUAAAAGGCACCAGUUUCGAAGUCGUAUCAACGAAGCCUCAGCUCAGUAAGCGCGACAAGCGAAUUGAUGAGAAUAUGGACACCACCAUCACGAUCACCAACGCCGACAACACCAGGCCGCCAGUCAAGUGUACCACUGUUUCUAAACUGGUACCGCCGAAGCUCCUGGGCUUCAUACCACAGAUGUGGGGUGUGACCCCGUUGGCGGUGCUGGAGCUAGAACAGGCCAAGAUUGAGUUUACAGCCUUUGUCACGCCGUUUAUUGGACAUAAGAUCAUCGUAACCGACAAGAGCGGCAAGAAAACAACUGAGUCGUGCUAUACAGGUGGGCCUUUAUGGGGCGAGAGGGGUGAAUCUUGGUGGACAUCGUAUAGGUAUCAGCUCGAAGGUUUUGUCGAUCGUAUCAAAGCGGCCAAAAACCAAGACAAAUAUGAUGGACCGUGGGUUGAUUUGGAUGAAAGUGUUAAGCUUAUGGAGAUUAUGGAUGCCGUCUAUGAGAAGUCCGGGAUGCCAAAACGUGGCGUGGAGUGAAGGCUGGUGGCCUCGAAUACCAUUGUAAACUUCUACUGCAGCUGCGAAUGCCUCUAUCGCUAUGACUGUGACUGUAACGGCGAAUUGGGUUUUUGGAGAUAUUACUUACUUGCUUUUCUCUACUCAUCAUUCCAAUCUACCUUACAGUCCUUAUAUUUAAACCAAUUAUGGAGAGCGUGUUGAAAAAUACUAGGGUCAAUUUAGAAGAUAUCCGAGCAUCUACCAGUGUACUAGGCUAAUGAACAGAUCAAGUUGCCACUUCUUCAUGCCCUUUUCUCUCUGCUAUAAGUAACAUGCUUCAGAGACUCAUUUAUCACAGAUAUUUGACUCGCUCAUUUGUAGGCCGUCAAGU